UAUAGUGUUGCUAUAGAAACGAGACACGCUUCUAUUACCAUAAAAGCAGUCAACUGGAUUUGUUUUUGCACCAUAAAACAUAGCGAUCCGAUUUUUCCUGAACAAAAUCUUUAUUUUCUUGAAGUUUGGACAGGAGUUAUGCCUCUCUCGGAAAGGAUGUAUUGUGCUCAGCAGAUCAACAUCCCGCCUGCGCUGCCUGAUAUUCUCAAACAGUUCACUAAAGCUGCUAUCAGGACACAGCCACCAGAUGUGCUGCAGUGGGCUGCUGCCUAUUUCUCAGCGCUCUCAGAAGGUGAACCUCUUCCAGUCACAGACAGGCUGGAAACCUCCGUAACAACUCAGAAGACGGGCUGCACGCUCACUCCAGGUCUCCUCAAAGUCCUGCACAAACAGCUUUCAUCCAAGAAGAACGUCUCUAGAGAAGAGCUGGAGAAGAAGUGGAAAGGUCUUGGUCUACCCGUCGAACAGUUCGACACGCUGCUGACGCUCGGGAACUUCAGCAGCGAGGUGGAAUGGAUGAACUUCUUCGCUCUCGGAUGCAGCGCUUUGGGCGGGACCAUCAUCAGCGCUCUGAAGUUUGCGUGUGAGAUCCUCAGUGAGGACACGGUGAGCCAAGCAACUCAAAUCCCCUUCGACACGUUCGCAUCCCUGUACACGUACCUGGCCCAGCUGGACGGUGACAUUCCUCAGGAAGAGAUCGACAACUUCCUGUCCAGCCUGAAGGAGUCUGUGACACGGCGAGGUGGGAUGGUCCAGCCGGCUGAUUUCACUGACCUCGAUGUGUAGAGGUGCGAGUGAAAAACAGAGGACAGAUGGCUUUUAGAUUCACGCUUUACAAUGGGCUUUAAACGGCUUAUAUAACAAUGUACUAAUGAUGAAGCAGGAUUCGAGCAUUAACCCUAUAAAGCCUGGCCACUG